UUUAUUGCGGUUUGCAUCGUAUCGGUUUCCGCGUCCGGUAUCCUGGUACAGUGGUAGUGGCAUGCUGUGGUGGUACUGCUUCUUGUUGGUCGUCGUGGUACAAAUACAAUUGCAGAACAUUAAUAGCAAAUUUUAAUCGACACAGACUUGUGAUUGUGAACGUUUGGGUUUUUUUUUUUUUCAAAUCGAAUUAUUGUGUGUAAAUUUCUUCAUCGACGUUCUCAUGUGGAUAUUCUGAGAUUCUCAGACUCGUGCAAAGGAGAGUAAUUCCAUCGAAGUUGAACCUAUUUUUAUCAAUAGCGGAAAGCAAGGAGCAGAUGGACAGAGCUUGAUUGAAUUGAAUGUUGAAACCGAGUCUUUCGUGGAGCUAUGGAUGAACGGAUGGUAACAUCCGUGCUUCUUGUAGUGUCUUUCUGGGCCUGCUUCCAGGCUUCAGUCGCACAAUGGACCGGGCAGCUUUCAGCCUAUGAGAUCGCAUCAUUCCAAAACCCAGAUCCCGACCCAAACACCAAACUCAACCAUGUCCUUUUCCAUGGUCCCUCUGAUGUAUACGUCGGAGCGAUGAAUUCCGUCUACCGACUGGAUGAGAACUUUGUAGUGCAGAGUAACGCCAGCACAGCUCUGGACUGUGAAGACCCAGAUGACUGCGCUAACGAAAACAAGAUCCUCUUUGUUGAACCAGUCCGAGAUAGACUGAUUACUUGUUGGAGUGACAAUGAAGGCAGAUGUCAACAGAGAAAUCGAGAUGAACUGACUGUUGCAGGCACCGUAAAUAGUGUCGUGGGUGUAUCACCUGGCAGAGGUAAGACCACUGUUGGUCUGUUAGCGCCUGGCCCAGGGAGAAGAGACUGGCUCUAUGUAGCAUCCACCUACACAAGGGAUAGUAACACAGAUGUCCCAGCAGUUGCACGACGACAUUUGGGUCUAGAGGUUCCUGAUGGUAGACUGUUUUUUUCAGGAGAAGACGUGCAAAUCAAUUUUAAUGAGGCUUACCGAAGCAGGGCUUUUGACAUUAACUACGUGUAUGGAUUUUCUGCCAACGACUUCACCUAUUUUGUCACUGCUCAGCAGGAAGCAGUCAGCUCUACUCCGACAUUUGUUUCCAAAGUGGUUCGUGUUUGUCAAAACAGUAACACAUUUGAAUCAUACACUGAGAUCAUCCUACACUGUGGUCAAGAAUCCCAAUCCUAUAACCUUGCCCAAGCUGCUUACUUCGGACAAGCAGGACCUGACUUGGCGGAAUAUCUUGGAAUCCAGGAGGCAUCUCCGAUGCUGUUUGCAGUUUUUGCGACCAACGUUGGAGCAACUGACACCCCCAGUGAUAGCUCUGCACUGUGUGCUUUCAGAAUGGAUGAGAUUGAAGAGGCAUUUGAAACAGGCAUACGAAAGUGCAUUCAGACUGACGGAGACGAGUAUAAAGUGGGAUAUCUUCAUGAAAGUAAAUGCAACUCAAUCUCAACAUUUACCGAUUUGCAACUGCAAAGAGUACUGUGUGAUGUUACUCAAAACUUAUACCGGAAUGCUAAUAACCCUGACGGAGUAACCGCUACGCCGUUGUUUCAGGUGGAGGAUGCCCGAAUGUCAUCAAUUAUUACCAGCACGGAGAGGAACCACACCGUCGCUUUCAUUGGUACUUCGCAGGGUUCCUUAAUUAAGGUGCACAUUGAAAACGGGACUCACGCAAGGUUUUACGAGACAAUCAAAGUAGGAGACAGCACCAUACAGACUGACAUAAGUCUGGAUGAGACCAAGCAGCAGUUACGUGUACUGACUGAACAACAGCUUUUGAGAUUGCGAGUUGAAAACUGCAGUCAGUACACAAGCUGUGAGUCUUGCAUCGGGGGCAGCUCUGGGCAGGAUGGCGACCCGUACUGUGGCUGGUGCACACUACAAAACAAAUGCACAGUGCACAGGGAGUGUCCGAUGGCCGAUAUCUCAACCCGCUGGCUCCCAUACAAUGCCAUUCAGUGUGUUGAUAUCAGUGACAUUGAGCCUGCUAACUUGCCUAUCACAGACCCACAGCAAAUGAUCACACUGAUGGUUGAUCAACUUCCUGAUCCUGAAGGUGACGAGUCUUACAGCUGUCAGUUCAACAACCUGCCUCUAUCUCAAGGAGAAACCAAUGGCAACAUCAUAAGAUGUAUGACUCCACUUCCCAGCACAGUUCCACUCAUUCCGCAAAUGGAGGACCAUGUGACACUGGAUCUGAGCGUUUUUUCGUCAGAGUCCGACGUGAACUUUAUAAGUUCAACUUUCAGCUUUUACGAUUGCACCAGACACACCUCCUGUACCGCAUGUGUCUCUAGUGAAUGGAACUGCGAUUGGUGCGUGUAUGACAACAUCUGCACCCACAUGAGCACUGAAUGUACGGAGGGGGACUACAUCAUUACGGGAAACAACAAUCCAGACACGUCUUCAGUGCGAGGCCCGGAUUUCUGUCCGCAGCUGCAACCACAGACACAGGAAGUACUGGUGCCAGUGGGCAUUCCUAGAGAAAUCCAGGUGCCUGCCUCCAACUUGCCAAAUGCAACCCAGUUAACUAAGGAUUACCAGUGUUCAUUGUUGGUGGAGGGUACCAGGCAAACUGUCACAGCUACGGUAAUCCAGUCAGAUGUCAUUCAGUGCAACAGUCUGAUGUACUCUUAUGCAGCUAACAAGCAAGAGCUGGAAGUGCAGUUGAGCAUAAGUUGGAACGGUGACAGACAGCUGGAUGACAGUACCGGCUUCACGGUGACACUCUACAAGUGUGAUGUGGAUCGACAGGACUGUAGUCGCUGUCUGUCCAACGAAACAGCGAGACCUGAGCUGGAGUGCCGAUGGUGUGGUAGUCAGUGCGCAUUCAGAGAUGAUGAUAUGUGUAGCAGUGGAGCCCUUGAUCCCAGUGACCCCUGCCCUGCACCUGCUCUACAGAAGGUUGAGCCUGCAACGGGACCAAUAGAAGGCAACACCGUCAUCGAAAUAACGGGAACCAACAUUGGCCGAAGAUUUGAAGACGUCCGCAGCGUGACGGUCGGUCAACAGUCAUGUGAUCUGACUGGGUUAGGUGACCAGUACAUCACUGGACGAAGUGUACGUUGUAGGACUGCUGCAAUGAGCCUAGGUGAUUCUCAACCUAUCACAAUCUCCGUUGCGCCUCCAGACAGCACGGACUUGACAAGCACAGGGGACGUUACGUUCACGUAUAGGGAUCCUAUGAUUACUAGCUUCAGUCCAAGUGUUGGUCCUGCCGAUGGUGGUACAGUGGUCACCAUCAAAGGAACGGACCUAAACACAGGCAGGGACAUCCAAGCAAUGGUUGCAGACGACGUGACUUGUCGAAUCGACAGGGAAAGUCUGAGUAACGAGGCAGUGGUGUGUCGCACCACAAAUUCCUCUGUGGGGGAUGCAGGGAGGGUCUCCUUAACAUUUGACGGUGCUCAGAGAAACUCUGACGUGGAGUUCACCUACCAACCCAACCCUAACGUCACUGAUAUCAACCCACGAAAAAGUAUCAUUUCGGGUGGCCGAGCAGUGUAUGUGACAGGUCGUAACUUCCUACAGAUACAGACCCCACAGAUAAUCAGCACACUGGAAACGGAUGGCAACACAACCUUGACAUUUCAGAAGCCAUGCCAAGCUAUCAGUGACACCAACAUGACCUGUGAGACUCCAGACUUAAGCUCAGCCCUCAGCUACGGAGUCAGGCUUAGUGGCCGCAGCAAGCGCCAAACAGCGCCCUCACCCAUCAUCGGUUUCAUCAUGGCAGACGUGGCGAGUCUACUAAGGUGGUCAGAGAACCAAGCGCCCCCAGGCUUCCAGUUUGAGUUCGUGCCGGACCCUGUCUUUGAUCUCUUCAGGGGAAAGGGUAACAUCCUUGAGCUGGAUGGCACCAAGAUCACAAUAAGGGGAAGUGACCUAAACAAUGCGCAGACUUCGACGGAGGUGCGAGUGUUUAUCGGCACACAGAAAUGUAGCGUGGAAGUCUUUGACAGCUCCAUCUUGACAUGUGAGGCCCCAGAGCUGGAACCAGAGCCCCUAGACUAUCAGGGGAACCGGACCAGCGUAGAACUGCCUGCUGUAUAUGUACUACACAGCCGACGGUAUUUUUUCAUCGGCUACGUCAGAUACAUAACCAGUGUAGAGAUCGCUUUGUACAUAGGCAUCGCUGCGGCCGUAGCGCUGGCUCUUGUGCUGCUGCUGGCUCUCUUCUUAUAUCGUAAGCUAAGAGGCUCACAGAAGGAGGUUGGAGCCAUCUUGAUCCAGAUGGAGGAGGUUGAGAAGGGAAUGGCUGAGGAUCUGAGAAUCGCCUUUGCAGAGCUGCAGACCAACGUGACAGACUUGACCCAUGACCUCGCUGGUACCGGUAUGCCGUUUGUCAGCCAUCGGCAGUAUGCCACCAACAUGCUGUUCAUUGGUCUGGAUGUCCAGCCAGAGACAUCUGACCCACAGAAGCCUGAGGAAGCCACGGAGAGGGCCAUGGCCCAGUUCAACAAACUCCUUGCCAACAAGAGUUUCCUUCUAGCGUUCAUCCAUGCCCUGGAUGAUGAGAAGAGGAUACCCAUGAAAGACAAGUCCACCAUAGCCUCGUUGCUCACCAUUAUUAUGAUGCUAGAGGACAAACUCGGAUAUCUCACUGAUGUUAUGAUAUCUUUGAUGGCUCAUCAAGUUCAUGAAGCGGUCGACAACAACCGGACCAAGCAACUCUUCAGACGAACUGAGAGCAUAGUUGAGAAGCUUCUUUCCAAUUGGAUUGCUCUGUGCCUCUAUGAUCAGCUGAAGGACCACACGGCCUUCCCGCUGUUCCUACUAUACAGCGGUAUCAAGGUGCAGACUGAGAAGGGACCAGUGGACGGUGUCACCAGGCAGGCUCACUUCUCACUCAGUGAGGAACGACUACUCAAAGCCAGUGUGGAGUUCACUGAAAUGACACUGAAUGUGGUUGUUGACAGCGAGGACGGUGAGAAGAAGGAGGUGAAAGUCUUAAACGUGGAUGCCAUCCCGCAGGUCAAGGAGAAAAUACUGGACUCCAUGUACCGUAACAAGCCCUACUCUGACCGUCAGAGAGCCGUGGACGUCAAUCUAGAGUGGCGGCAGGGUAAAUCAGGCCGUUUAGCCCUGCAAGACGUCUGUCUGCCCCAGAUAGCCAACACGGACAGCAAAGAGAAACAGACAUGGCAGAAGCUCAACACCCUGGCAGAACUCGGCGUUCCAGACAAUUCCCUGAUGGCCUUGGUGCCCAAGCAGUUGGCACACACCUCCAUCAACGAGGCAACCUCAGGAGCCGCAACGAACGAUGCUGGUCUGUACCAACAUGAGAUUGAUAUGGAGGACGGUGCAAUCAUCUGGCAUUUGGAGAAACCGCACGAGGAGAUAGAGGAAUCUGAGAAACAGAAGAAGAAACGUCAGCGUGAGAUGGCCCUGGGGAAAGGCAAGAUGACUCAGAAAAUCACCUUCCCUCGACUACUGACCAUGAAGGGUAUCAUCCAAGAGUAUGUGGAUAAGAUGUUCCAGGCCAUUCUGACAGUGGACAGAACACCGCUGUCCAUCAAGUACCUGUUUGAUUUCUUUGACAGCCAGGCCACUCGUCAUGGCAUUGAAGACCCAGACAUAGCUCAUAUCUGGAAAAGUAACACGCUGCCGUUGCGUUUCUGGGUCAGUGCUCUCAAUCAUCCCAACUACAUCUUUGACAUCAGACCCACGCCGUCCGUGGAGUCUAGCCUGGGAGUCGUAGGCCAAGCAUUCUAUGAUGCCUGCAACAAGUCCGACCACCAACUAGGAUCGGAGUCUUCCUUUAACAAGCUGCUGUACAACCGGGAAGUCAACAAGUAUCGUGGACUGGUUGAAUCCUUCUAUGAUGGAAUCGGAGACAUGAGACGGAUCACUACCAAUGAGCUGGAGAAAGAGCUGGACAAAACCUGCAAGAACUUCACGGGUCUCUUCAGCAAGCUGAGUACCCUACUGCAGCUGUACCAGUUCACCAAGAGCAACAAAGAAUUGUUGAUGAAUGCGAUGGAGGAUGACGAAGUCUGUCAGAGAGACAACCUGGCCUAUGAGCUGGAGCAAGUGGAUGUCCUCCUAGCGGACGGGGAGGAAAGUUAAACUAACCAGCAUCCUUCACUGUUGCCAUGGUCACCGCAUCGUCGCUUGACAGCAUAACGAGACGGCAUAAAGGUUUGGAUUCGGAGAGCUUACGUGAGUACUGUGCAGUACCUAAAGAUACAAGUAUGUUAAUAUUUUUUGGCAAUUUUAAGUCAUUUUCUUUAAAGAUAGUAUUAGAAACUGCUUUUAUUCUGUCAGUUUCACCACACCAAAUUAAUUUAAUCAAGCUUGUGGAUAGUUUGUUUGUCACUAUGGAUGAAAGAUGUAAUUUGAAUACAAUGCAGGAUUGUAUUUUACAGGAGUUGCUUAUUUUGAGAAAGUAUCAAUUUUUUCUACUGGACUUUGUUGUUUUCUACUUCUAAUGUCUUUCUGUGUUGAGUGAGUGUGGCAGUACUCAGUAUGAAGUACAUGUAAUGUUUAUGUGUCUCAUCUCAAAACCACAAAGAGAGCUUGUAUAAUCAUUGGGCCCUUUGAUGAUGGUGAAAUUACUGUGCACAAAUUGCAUCCUCUGUUUUCUCACACUUUCCAAACUUUCAAUAGUACAGAAAAAUAACCCUAAAAACGAGACAACUAUAACUAAAGUCAAAACUUCCUGCUUUGCUUGUUUAUGGGUGGCGGAUGUAUUUUAGUGUGCUAAUUCUUAAGUAUUACCUUUCCAUACUGUAAUAAAGGCUUAUUUUGUCGAGACUUGGGUACUUUCAAGCAUUUAAAAGAUUUCUUGCAAAUGCACUCAUUGUUAACUGCCUCUGAAAUUGCCAGUGAAAUUUAAGUAGAGUGUUUUAUUGCCAACAUAAUCUGAAAAUCAAGUCUGCCAAGUUUGAUGCCAUAUUUUGCCACUAUUUAUCUUGUAUAGGCCGAUGAAGUAAAUUGUUUCCUCCCCCCCCCAGGCUUGUCG